AUGAAGUUCCCUCAAUAUCGAUUGGUGAAGGAGGUAGAGGGACUCCAGAGGAUCGGACCUCUGAAGCUCUGGUCCGCGAAGCUCCCAGAUUUAUUGGGAAGCUCCCGAGAGAAGAAGAUAUUGGAGGAGGAGGAGAAGGAGGGAAGGAUGGAGACAGAGGCGGAGACAGAAGCAGAGGCAGAGAGAGGCAGUGAAGCUUAA